AAAUCCAUUCCAUAUUUCAUUUUUUUUACUUAAAGCAAACAAUUUCACAACCUAACCUUCAAUAAAACAAUCAUGUCUUCCUGUUCGGCCACUGCGGCCGCCGCCGAGGUGACAACCACUUAUCAAGGCGGAGGAACUUCCAUCACCGCCAUACAUCCAGAUGUAAUCCGAACCCACAUCUUGAAUAGACUUGAUGGUCCAACUCUUGCCUCCACAACCUGUGCUUCAACCCAAUUCAAAUAUUUAUGCACAGAAGAUAAUCUAUGGAGGGAUAUUUGUAACUCCACCUGGCCCUCCACCGCCCACCCCAGCGUUAUGGACGCCAUCACCUCCUUCCCUUCCGGCCACCGAUCCUUCUACUCCGAUUCUUUCCCGACUCUCCACCACCACGGCCUUCUCCACCGCCACAGUUCCAAGGAAUCCCAGGAACAACGUUUGCUUCAAACACCAGAAUUAAUAUCAGCAGUGGAUAUUUACUACGCCGGAAAGUUAGUUUACUCCAAAGUAUUAAAAACCGAAACCGGUUCAUUAUGGUUCUUGAGUUCACCCUUGAGAAUCGACCUUCUCGACUUAAAAGAAACGGUGCCGGUGCCGGUAACUCUCGAAGGUGAGGAGGACACAUGUAUGGAGAAUCUAGAAGAGCACCUCACAGUAAGCUGGAUUGUAAUAGACCCUGUCUCCAAAAGGGCGGUCAACGUGGCGAGUUCGAAGGCGGUGGAGACUCGACGGAACUGGUUGACGGAUGAGAUCCAGCUCCGGUAUUACACGGUGAUUGCGGGGGCGGAGGAGGGCGAGUUGGUUCAGUGCGGUGUUGUGGUCACCUGCGGGGGUAAGGAAGGGGCGGAGUUAGACUUAAAGGAAGUAAGCAUGCAAGUGGAGGACAUGGAGGGUAAGAUUCAAACUGGAAUGGAUAGUUUGGUAAUUUUACUCGAGGCCAUGGAGGGGAAAAGGAGUAAAAGCGACAUCAGGGUAGAAAAAGAAAGGUUCCAUUUACUACAGAAAAAAAGAAUAGAAUGUAGAGUGAGAAAACAGAGGAGAGAGAGGAAUUUGGAUAUAGUGUAUAUAUCCACUGGAGUUGCUUUUUUCUGCUCUCUUUGGGCCUAUUUUUGUUAGACAUACGGAAAUUAGGGAUGACAACAAGAUGAAUAUGAGGCAAGUAGGUCAUUCCGUCCCAUGUCCUAUAUUUUUUAUUCUCGUUAUCUCUAUUAAUGAAAAGAGCUAUUCCCCACGUACACCGAAUAACUCAUAGAUUUCUAGCAUUUUGUUCA